ACUGACUCUCAAGAAAAUUUUACAGCAUUUUGCAGUGUCAACGAAUCAAAAGAAAAGUCAUAUGACAUACUUGUUGAAACUGUUGAUUGAAUAUCAGCCUCUUCCAGCCUACGACUCAUUGCCAGCUACAGGCCAGCAGUUACUUUAUAUAGAUGGGAGAGAUGUAGUGAAUCAAAGAAGCGCACAAACCUUGACAUCGUCACAAACACCUAGCUCUACUGAACAACCGACGAGAAAAAAAGAGAAAACCGAUGCCUUUACCCCCUGUUAUAAAUUUGGACGACGAGGGCAACUGCCUAUACGUGCACUUUGGGCUAGAAAACGCAUUAUGUGGUGAUUCUGUUGGCAUCUAUUUUAAACACGCGGAUAUCCUCCAGUAUGCUGGCAUCUAUAGGACAAAUCCUGAAGCUUUGCCCUUUUGUUUAAGAAACAAGAUUUACAAGAUGGAUAAGAAAGUUGAAGUGGAGCAGGCCAAAGCAUUUCUUCAAGGUCGUCGCUUGGAUGACACGGACAACGCAGUUUUGAUCUCUCGUCAUGUGACACACUUUGAGGUGGAUUUAAGUGCGGAUGGAGUUCAGUUUUUCGACAAUUCAGAACAGUCUGAAUGCAUCCCUAUCUGUAUGAUAGUCCAUUCAGUGAGUGAGUCUACUGAUCUAUCCAAGUGCAAGCGUAUUUUACUUAAAGUGCGAAAACCUGUUAUUAUUGGCGUUGCUCAUUGCAAAACAAAACCAGACGUGAAGAAAUUCCUUGCCCCUUUGAUUCAAGAAUUAGUGCGACUUGAUCCGACGAAUCUGGAUGACCAAGUUACUGCUGGUCGACAAUUUACAGUGUCAAUUCGGUGCAUCAUAGCCGAUUGGCCUAUGCGAUCGUAUCUUAAACGAAUAAAGGGACAUUCAGGAUAUUGGUCCUGCGAACGCUGUAUUCAGGAAGGUGUACGAUGCAUUCAUCAUCCCACAGUGCCACUGAAAUCAGGAGAAGAGCCGAAAACUAGUAUUCAAUUUUUGGAACUGAACGCCCCCAAGAACUGAUGAGGAUUUUUGU